AGGCAGACAUAUUUCCUUUUCAAGUCCGUUAGCCUAAUUUUGUAAUCCUGAACCUUAAGCACGUAUAAUUGCAUGUUAUUUACUAAUAUUUCCACCCAUAAGGAACACAUUCGUCUCUUUGUGAUUUGGGGGACCACAGCCCCAGAAGUGCAUGAACUGAAAUCAUCAUGGCUUCAGACUGGCAUGAUGAUCAGUUUGUGGACAAACACAGAGCAGCACUCAUUCAGAGGGUUACCAUGGUGAUGCCACUGGCUGACGAGUUGCUUUCCGAGGGCAUGCUCCAUCAGGAGGCCUACGGAGACAUCAGGGCCGGACCGACCAGACAGGAGCAGAUGAGGAGACUGCUUGAUGCUGUGGCUGGAGUAGAGCAAAAGAAGUCUUCUCUCUAUGAUAUGCUGCAAAAGCAUGAACCUCAUCUGCUUAAUCAGUUGGGUGAGAGCAUUGCUCGGUACAAGGAGACACUGCGUAUGGACUACGAGACAUUUCAGGAAUAUAACUCCCUUCCUGGUGAAGAGGAACUACUGGCUGAUCGGUACAUAAAGCUCCUGAUUGUUGAAAAGCAUCGGCAGCCGGGAGAGAAGGAAGAGGAACUCCGUUCCAGGGGCCAGGAGCAUAGCGACGUUCUUAGCUCCAGAUGCAGCAAGAAUGAAUCCAACACCAGUAUUGAGCAGCUGUUCCACCCCAAUUAUCGCGGACGCAUCCCAAAAGCUGUCAUUCUCCAGGGAGAUUCUGGACAUGGCAAAUCAUUUACAGUGCAGAAGAUUGUUCACGAUUGGGCUUGUGGGAACCUCUACCAGGAUCAGUUUGAGCUUGUGCUUCUCCUGAAAUGCAAGGAGCUUAAUUGCCUGUCAGGGAACAAGAGUAUGGUGCAGCUCCUAAAAUGUGAUUCUGAGUUCACACCCAUGAUUGAGGAAAUGCUAACAAAAAAUCCAGAGAAGGUGCUCUUUAUCAUGGAUGGCUAUGAUGAACUGAAAUUCUCUCUAGGAGAAGACACUAAUUAUCCAUGCGGUGCCUUCACUGAAGCUCCUAUUGAAGCUACCUUAAGCGCUUUGUUGAAUGGCCGAAUUCUAAGCCAAUCUUUCCUCUUGGUCACCACCAGGUCAGCUACCUCAGACAAACUGAGCAAGCAACUACGACACCCUCAACAUUUUAAUGAAAUUCUAGGAUUCUCAGGAGACGCAAUGAAGGAGUACUUCCAGAAGUUCUUUAAAGACACCCAGAUGUCAGAUGAGGCAUACAAGUAUGUGAAAAAUGACAUAAUGCUGUCUACUGUCUGCUACAUCCCUGUUAUAUGCUGGGUUGUCUGCACAACAUUGAAGGACCAUUUUGAGGAUGGCCAUGACAAUAUGAAAGGGCUUGAAACCACCACAUCAAUAUUUCUGAACUUUGUGUCCCAUUUGCUGAAACAUCAUUGCCAAAAUUUACAACAGCCUGUCAUCACCUUGUUGAGAAACCUUGCCAAGUUGGCAGAGAAUGGCAUACUAAAGAAGCAAGUGUUUUUUGAGGAGGAAUGUAUCUUGAAGACAUCUGAUCCUAAAAGUGUUCCUUUCCUCAACAAGUUCCUCAGGAAGAAGAAAACCGAAGUGAACACUACGUUUAGCUUCUUGCAUCUCAGCUUUCAGGAGUUUUUCACUGCUCUGCAUUAUGUCAUCACUGACAAUGAGAGGGAUCAAAAAAAGCUUGAAAACAGGCUUCCUUAUCAAAACCACACUUUUACUGAUCAGCCAAAACUGCUUAAAAAACCAAACAUGUACUACCAUGACUUUCUGCCAGUAGUUUCUUUUCUAUGUGGCCUUUCUAAUAAGAAGGAAGUCGAUUUCAUCAAGCAACAUCACAAUAUUUUUGUGUCACCAGCCGUUCGGGCUUCUCUGGAGGAGUGGAUUCUUCAAGUAAUUAAAGAUAGAGCUAAUCCAGAUUUUCAUAGAGUGACUCAAAUAGAACCAUUCAUUCUUGGCUGUCUCUAUGAGCUGCACGAUGAGCAGUUUGUGCAGAAGGCCAUGGAAUCCUGGGGCCCUAUACAUUUUUAUGGCUAUGUUCUUUCUGGUAUGGACUGUUUGGCUCUGAAGUAUUGCAUUGGCUGCUCUAAGGGCAUCAGCCAUCUUGACAUUGCUAUCAGAAGUAUGGAGCACCUAAGCUUGCUUCAACCUGUACUGGACCGUUGUAAGAGGCUAAGGUUGGAACUGCACGAACUGCAAGAUGCCGAAGUUGAUGAUCUAAUCACUGUCCUGGGGAAUAGAACAGCUGAUACCACACUUGAAAUAAUUCAGUCCAAACUCAGUGAACAGAGUUUGCUUCAAGUCAUUCCGGCAUUCCGGCAUUCACUGCAGUAUAUUUCAGCAAAAAACAUCACCUCCAGUGUUGUAGCUGCAGCUUCACAGUAUGCACACAACCUGAUUGAGGUCAGAUGCUGCGAUGAGGAUGCUUCCUUCUCAUCCCUGUCUAUCAGCGUAGAGGACAAGAAACCUACUUACAGGAUUACCUCUGGAUAUUUUCACAAACCUGGUCCAUGUAUUGUUGUUCCAUUUGGUGGUGUUUCCUACAGCAAACGAGAAAAGUCAGACCCAGCUCUCUCGCUCAGUUUCUCAAAGUACACGGAGACCUCAAGCACUGAAUGGAUUGACAUAAUGCAGAGGUUUCACUCAUUGAAACAUUUAGACCAAAGCGGUCCUCAAUUGGCCAUUGAGAUGGAUGCUUUACUGUUGUCCCUGAGUGCCACACCUCAUCUGCUGAGCUUAGAACUGGAGGUGACCUGCCUAGAUAUGAGCUGGGCUGCUUGGACCCUCUCCCUCCACCAGUCUUGCCCUGGUUUGGCUAACAUUAGGGUGGUUGAACAGAUUUGUGGGGAUGACCAGAGUGUCUGUUCAUGUAUCUCUCUGAAUAAGCACAAAGAGGAUGCUUCAUUACGCAACACCUACAAACUCUCCUUCAAGAACUACUUCCAUGGUUUGUCCAAAGUGAUCUUUAAAGACUCCACAAAACCACCUACGCCGGCCCUGUCUAGAAUCACACUCACACAAGCACGGCCCAUGGAGAUAACUAGCUUCGACUGGAGAGACAUCUGGGAGAAGCUUCAUUGCAUGAAAAACAACAAAGAAAACCCUACAGUUGAUGGGCAACAGGCUGCCUUCCUCUCCUCCCUGAGUGCUCUACCUGACCUGCUGGAAGUGUCUUUAACAGUACCUUGCUUUAACCUGCCUUGGGCUAAAGCAGUCAUCUCCCUCAUCCAGACUUGCCUUACCAUAAGGAAGAUUGAUGUGAAUGUAGGACUUGGCGAUCCUUACGGGAAUAACGGUCUACUGUUAAAGGAGGCACUACAGCUGUUGGAGAGUUCAGACAAACAGUCUGAUUGCAUUCUGACUUUAGAAGGGACGCAGUGCAGUAAACCUACAGAUAAAUGCAGAGAUAAUGAUAAAAGCCGGCGAUGCAACACAGGUGUUGUCAUCAUAUACAAAGGAGAAUCUAUGCAAGUGCAAUUUCGUCCUUCCUUCGAUGUUUGGGAAGAAGAAGAAGAAGAAGAAGAAGAAGAAGAAGAAGAAGAAGAAGAAGAAGAAGAAGAAGAAGAAGAAGAUGAUGAUGAUGAUGAUGAUGAUUAUGGACAUGGGCCUCUUGACUGGGAAGCUGAGGAUAACCCCCUGGCUGAAGCACCUGGAGAUGAGCAUGCUGAUGAGGAUGCAGGAUAGAAUAUCCGCACAAACUGUUUGAACAAGCAAGCUGUCCACAGGGAUCAGCAAGGGGUCACUUGUCCCAGCAGGCCCAGGAGGUGUGUGGGUUGGUACAUUAUGGAGAGGAUCUACCUUUCAGGUCACUUUUUUUCUGGGCCUGGCAAAACUUGUGAGCUGCCCUGUACAUCGGUAUCUGGGUAUCUUGAGAGAGAACAUUAUCCUGUAGCCCUAGUAACUAGAAGAGAUUUGACAUCAUGAUAUUUUUUGUUCAAUGUGGAGCGCACUGUUUAUGAAAUGGGUCAUAUAAUAUAUUAUACAUACACUGGGUUUUAUAUGUACAAUAUGACCUAUUUCAUAAACGUAGCUAUCUCUCAGUCCGCUCCGCAUUUAACAAAAAGUAUCAAAAUGUCAAAUCUCUUCUGGUUACUAGGGCUUGUCAUUUGGGUUUGUAAUCUGCUCCAAGAUUUCAAUGACCUUGAGUAGGGCAAUCUGUGGGCUAAAUGUGCCCAGGUACUGAAGUAAUGGACUAAUGCCCAGAACUAGAAUGGGAGCAUAAAAAGCCAGAGCAUGUUUGUGCGCCCCCUCAAAAUCGUGGGCCAGUCCCUAAAAAAAAAACCCAACAGUAUCGACCCCUAAGGGGGCUUGGCUCUUGGGGAAAUGCCCUGUAUGCCAGAGUACCAAUCCAGCCUAAUCUUUUUAUUUUAACCCAUUUUGUCCUAAGCCCUUUUUGGGAAAGGGUACCCACUGCCUAUUAAAUCCUAAAUAUCUCAGCCUCCAAAGUACAUACAAACAUGAAAUGAGUGGCAUUUAAAAGCUUUGACGCUCGUUUUGCCUUAGAAUGUGUUCAUUCAGCUCUAACUUACCUAUAUUUUUAAUAAAAAAUCUCAAAUCUCAAGAACCUGAAUGCAGCGUAUGUGUGUCUCCAGGAGACAAUGGGUUAAAGAAGAAAGGUGGAAAAGUAUAACAUGCUUGCCUUUGUGUAUAUUUCAUUCCUAGUCGGGACACUUGGAUAAUCAUGACUAUUCUGUAUAUGUUUUAUUUUAUUUUUACAAUGCCUUGUGUUUUACUUUUCAAUAAAAUGUUCCUUUGGUAAACAAAGAUUAAACAACACUGCCUACA